UAUCGUAGGUGUAUAACAGUGUGUGUUAUUCCGUUAUCUGAAGUAGCCAAUGAAUACACAUUUUGAUUUCGUUUUUCCUUUGCUCGAAUUCUACAUGUCACUUUUUUAGGCAACAGACAAAUAUAAGCCUUGCACAGAAAUCAAUAUUCAACAACCUGCUAUUGUUCUUCUCAAUCCUGAGGACGCUGGCUCGUUAAUUGCUGAACCAGCGAAUACUGCAGAGCGAAGAUUCGUUCGAUACUGGCGGCAUCGUGCAAUCGUCUAUCGAUUAGGUCCAGAUGAAUAUUUUCACCGGCCAGACCACGAUGGAAACGAUUCUCCCAUGGACGACUAA